CACCGGAGGCGUCCUACAACGAGAUGAUGAAAAUUAUAUGGGCGCGUUCUUUCAUUUGCAUCAAAAUAGUAAUCGCCAAGGAGUAGAGCAAAAAUCGCUGAAGCACGCCACGAAUAGCAUGGUUCUCUUCUCUUGGAAUUUAAAAUUCACUCUUGCCAGCGAGCAGCUGCUUAUGGAGUAGUGCCGGUGCUCCGCGUUUGCUACAUUGGGCCUCCAGUUUCACGAUACGGACAGGACCGCAGUGGUACUGGUUUCGACUGAAUCACCUGUGCAAUCUAAUUUGAUCUCGCCGGUGACACGGCGCAUGCAAAGUUACGAACCGGAUACAAUCAGGCAAAUUCAGAUCAUGGAAGUGUAUAAAAGCGAGUUCUGCAGUUCUGGACUCUUAUCUAUUACGAUCCCGCAAUGGUCGCUCCCAUAGUCAAUACGGGAAUUCAGACAGCGAAGUAUUGCAAUGUGGCUGGUCUAGGAGUUUUGAUUUUUGACUAUUUCUUAACGUUCGAACCUGAGGUUCGAUUGACGUGGAACAGGCGCUGGAACGUCACUCGUGUUCUUUUCGUAAUUUCACGCUACAUGGCCUUUGCAGCAGCUGGCAUGACUUCAUAUGCUGCCAUUGCUACACGAGCGAACGAGAAUUGCUCGGACUUCAGCCGGGCUUCAAAUGCAAUUCACAUUAUCAGUAUCGUCGCUGCUGAAGGUCUUUUGAUCAUUCGUACAUAUGUAUUCUGGAAACAGAGCAAAAAGGUCUUGGCAGUGUUACUGGUCUUGGCAGCAAUUACCAUUGCGUGUGCUGUCAGUAUCACAGAUGUUGUCAGUAACUUAGAGACGCCUGCCCCGGACCCUUCAGCUCCUCCUACAAGCAACUGCACUUUUCAAGCAGGUCGCAGCAGCGCCGUCCAAUACGGCUUUCUCAUAGCCUACGAAUUGUUGCUGAUGUCUUUAAUGGUGUUCAAGAGAUAUCAAGACUACAAAGAUUCCGACAGUCGUCUAGUGAGAGUCGUCUUCCAGGGCGCAGUGCGGUAUAUGACUGCCAUAAUUUUUGUUUCUGUGGCCAAUAUAGUGAUCAUGUCUGCGGUGCCAGCAUCAUAUAACAUGUUGAUGGACGUGCCACAACUUGUCCUGCACAGUAUGUUGGCAACCCGUGUGCUCUUUGGUCUGCGUGAAAGUGACAAGGAUGAAUCGGAUGGGGGGACAACGACGUUACAGUUGUCGACAUUUCGUCCAGUUCAGCGCAACCAAUACACUUCAUUCGAUUGAUUGUAUCCUAUAAUCAUGGCAUGGCCCAUCAUAAUGCAGAUGUGACAUAAAAAGAGUGUUCGCCUAUCAAGGAGGAAGAUAAGUACUGUCACGAAGCACGAUCAUCUACUGCUCCAUCUGAUUUCCCUGCUUUGUAUCUCUCCUACAUUAUUCUUCACCUGUUCAGCGAAAUCGUUCUUGGAUCCGCAGGCUCUAUCUAAUUCUUCCGAUGAUACAGAAAUAGCCUCUGACAUUCUCGCAGGAGACGCUCAAGAUCAGCCAACGGCACCCAACUGCGCCGGGUGCUGUGCAACCAUAUAGACUCCGCAAGUGAGACGCUUUGCAAGG